AUGCUGCGGGGCCGGGGCGCGCGGGCGCCGGCGGGGCCCCCCCGCGCGCCGCCGCCGCCGCCGCCGCUGGGGCCGGGGCCGGGGCCGGGGCCGGGGCCGGGGCCGGGGCCGGGGCCCGGCUUCGGCUUCGGCUCCGGCUCCGGCUCGCCGCGCCGCCUCGGGGCGCUCAGCACGGCGCAGCUCCGUGCCCUGCUGCACGACGAGCCCCGACUGCAGCGCGCCGUCCUCCUCAGCGGGAAGUUCCAGAGUCUGCAGCUGGAGCGGGAGAUGUGUUUGGUUUCAAACUACACCCUGGCCAAGGAGAACCUGUCCCUGCGCCCGCGGCUGGAGAACGGGAAAGCUUCCUUAGCCAUCAAGUACCAGGAGCUGCGGGAGAUACAAGAAGCAUGUUGGGACAAACAGCAGCAGCUGGGGGCCUACCUGGAGAAGUGGAGCCCACAGAGUGCCCUGAACCAGCUGCGAGCCAGCCUCAAUGCCUCUGAGGCAGAGUCAGAGGUACAGAUGGAGCAGUUCCUGUCCCAGGACCUCCCCCUUGACGCCUUUCUGGAGUCCUUCUGCCAGAGCCGGACACGGUCCCACAUCUGCCGGACACAGCUGGAGAAACUGCAGGAGCUGCUGCAGAAGACCAAGUGGGGCAGGGCUCCUGCGUGCCCUGCAGGGUACCCGGGUGCCCCAGCCAGCCCGGCACGAGCCCGCCUUGCCCCACUGCAGAGCAGAGCUGCCUCCAAAGCCUUCCACCUCCGCUAUAGCUUCGUGCCUGCCGUCCUCAUCCCUUCAGAGGCUGUUGUGCCCUUCCCUGUGCCAGCUGCGCCUCCAAGCCACCGUCUCCCAGCCCUGGGAUGCCAGCCACCAGCCCCACCGUCCGAAACCCCUGGUCCAGGCUUGCCGCUGCGCCUCAUCAGACACAUCCCCUUGCUCAGCCCCCGGCCUUUCCGCGUGCAGCAGCUACCGCGCCGACAGAAGCAGGAGCCUCCACACCGGUAGCAGAACAGGGACAGGGGAUGUUCUUGCUCCUGGCCUUGCACACCCACAGAGACCGUGCAAGAGCAUUCUGGUUGGGGAGCAAAUGGGGGUGGACAUGUGGUAUAUGCAUACCCCCAAGGGGCUGUGGUGCCUGUGGGGCAGGAUAGAGGGGAGUAGAUGCUCACGAGGGCAUUGAAGUGCUUGGAAAUGCAGCUGGGGCAGAUGGAAGGGUGCAGGUCAUCAGGCCAUGGGUGUUGCACUUGCAGAGACCCCUGCAAUAGCCCCUCCCCCUCAGAAGCAAGUUGAAUAGUGAUGGGAGGUGUGCGUGUGGCACAGGGAGGUUAUAGGGACAUCAGUGAGUCAGAAGGGAGCGGGAGGUAGCAAGGAAGAGGGCCCAGGAGAUCAGAGCAGGCUGAGGAGCCCUGGCAUUCAGCACUCAUCAGCAGGGUUGCAGCCAGCCUGCUGCACCAUAGUGUGUGUGGGGGGGGGGGGGGGGGGGGGGCUGCACUCCUCUGGGGCCAUGGAAGUAUUGGCUGAGCUGCCCAGGAGCACUGGGAUUGGCACACUUUCCAAAUAAAGGCUUUUUUUCCAG